CCAACUCCACUAGUAUAUAUACAUAUAUAUAUAUACAUAAGAGCAAUAAUAAGGCAGUUUACAUUUUAGUCUUGUUUUCAAUUGUGUCUUGUUAAGAUCAUCGUCUCCAUUUUCAAACAUUUUAGCAGCAAAUAAUAAUAAUUAGUCUUGUUCCAUGUAGCUAGAGGUCUAUGACUCUAUAGUGUAAUGCGCAGUGAUACAGUUUAGCAUCUGCAACAACAAGUCGGGUGGAGGAAACUAUGCUUGGAUCUCAGAAACAGUAAUCUCAGAAAUGCCUUCACUGAGGCAAAAAGUUACUACCUACUUCAGGCAGUUUAGUUUCAUUGCUGAUCGAGAGGAACGAAUUGCUUCUGAAAGCAAAGUGUCGGAUGGGUCCUUCAUAACAAGAUAUCUGGACGGGACAUGGAAACCCCCAGAUUCUAUUCCGAAAAUCAAAUCUGGAAAGGAACCCACCGAGUUACCAGAAUAUAGUAUUAAUAAAUAUAAAACUGGGCCCGAGUCUGUAACGGCAGCUUACACUGGUCCUGAUAAGGGGUUGACAGGCAUUCGCAGAACACGCAUUCAUCUGAGUGCAGGUCCUGAAAUAGAUUUCAUAGACACCCAGCUGGAACAGGACGGUCAAAGCGACCCCGUACUGGGGAAAAGAUCCCAAAGUUCAGUUAAAUCAAACGUUAAGACAGAUACAAAUGCUAAUAAGAGAACUGUUUCCGUCGGCAAAGAGAGUUUGAAGCUGGUAUCGCAGACACAUAAAUCUACAGUUAAAGAACCUCAACCGGUAAGCGUGCUUUUAUCGGAAUGUGAAACCAUAGAUACUGUGAAUGAUAACACAGUUACCAAGGGCACCUUGGACACAACGGAUGCAACGGAUCCAAUAGCGAAUAUAACGAACUGGAACUUCCCAGAUGAUCAUGCAUAUGGAAUAUCGGUUUCCCUGUACGAGAAGAACUUCAUCACCAAAGAAAGUAUAGGGAAUCCUGUAGCCGAUUGCUUUGGAAUAAUUGCGAGAGACAACACGUGCAUAAUGGCAUUAGCUGAUGGGGUAAAUUGGGGAGACGGUGCAAGGCUGGCGGCGAGAUGUGCUGUGCAAGGUGCAAUCGAGUAUUUAAACUCGGCGAUAUUCGGAAUACACCAAACAUCUUCAACAAAAGAGAUAUUUGUGAGUCUGGUACGAAGCUUUUGGGAAGCUCAUGCCUACAUAAUAGAAGCAGGUGGAGCGUUGACUACGUUGACCGUGAUGGUGAUUUUACCACUAUUCGAUGAACCGAACAAAUUUGUUGCCUGUUGCUGCAAUGUCGGCGAUUCUCUAGGAUACGUAUAUUCCAAAGUACAUGGCGUGAGGGAAAUAACAGAAGCUUCCCAUGAUGUUAACUCUAUGCGAGACAUGCGCGACGCACUCGGUGCCCUGGGGCCUGUCAAUGGUGAUAAACCAGAAAUGACAAACCUAACACUUGCUUUAACCGUCCUAGAAAAAGACGAUAUUGUGUUCCUCACCUCGGAUGGUAUUAGUGACAAUUUUGAUCCUGUGGUAGGCAAAUUUGCGGAACCAUUGACACAUAAAGUACAGCCGUUAGUACCUCCUCAACCGAGCCAGUCUCGGUUAGCUCCCAAAAGACAAAAUAAGAGCGCGUCGAGUGUUAUGCCUAGGAAGGUUGAGAUGUCCGCGUCAGAUGUAAGAGUUGGGUCGUCAUCUAAGCCACCAAUGGCAUCUCAGGCGCCAGCACCCACGAAAAGGCCUGUAUCUACGGGAUCUUCUGUAGAGGGGGCGAGAAGAACCUAUACUCGAUCUAAGACAUUCAUUGAACCAAGAUUAAGGAUGGCUAAUCAACCGACAAAGUCCUCUACAUUGCCAUUGGUGACAGGCGCACAAAGGCAUCAGUUAACAUUAUUACGAAUGGCCGAUCUUCUCAAUUAUGGAAUAAAUGGAACUUUAAGACCAUGUACUACUGCCAAGCAGCUAUGCCAGCUAUUGAUAGACUUUGCGACGUGCAUCACAUCAGCAAAAAGAAAAAUGUUAGAGCAACGUGAGCUGUACUAUAGGAUUGUAACGGAUAAAGAUGGUCGCCGAAAAGAGGUAGAAUACACCAAACAUCAGCAAAAGAUGGCUCGUAAGCGAAUGGUGGAGGGAAGCACUUUUUCAUCGCUUCCUGGAAAAUUGGACCAUGCGUCAAUCGUAGCGUUUGCAGUUGGCGUAGAACGUGCAUAUACGGAAACUAACCUCUAGUGAACUGAAUUCUGAAAUAUUUUGAUUUAUCUACAAUGCAAGCAGACUGGUCCCGCUUUUUCCAAUGAAAACUAUCGAUACUUUUGAAUAACGCUAGUGUUAACAAAAUAUUAAUAAUGAAACCAAUGUUUUGUCGAGUAUGUAAAUAAA